AUGAGCAUGAGGGUCGUGUAUUCAAAGAAGGCGAAGAAGAGUAGGAAGCCAACAGCUGAAGAGAAGGUGAAGAAACCUCGAGAUCGAAACCUGCGGAUAUCGUGCUUCACGUGCAACAAAACCAUGUCGUUUGAACUGUUGAAGCCAACACCACCUGUGGUUUCUAAGCCAGUGGAAAAGAAGCCCUUUGUUGCCACAUGGAAUCCAAACCAGAACAAUCAAGAUGUUAAACAGAAUAAGGCGAAGGAGAGGGCAAAGAAGAGGAAGAGGAAUAACCUGUCAAAUCUUUUAGAGAGUAAGAAGCAAGCAGAGGAAAAGGAAAAGAAGUCGAAUCUACUGAGUCUAGAUGAUUUUAUGAAAUUAUGA